CCCCACCAGUUCGAGACUAAUGCCCGGUGUCUCUCCCGGCAAUCGGAGCAAAGUUUCCCCCGAAAUCCCAAAGAACUGGAUUUUUAAUCCCCAAAAAAUCCGUAAAAUCGUGUAAAUUGUGGUUAUCAAUCAUUCCAGAAGCGUCUGGGAGCUAUUUUCCAUAAUGGAUAACGUCUCUGUGUCGAAGGGAAUAUUUGCCUAUAAAGGCAGCUACAAAAUAGGUCAGAAGAAACGAAACAUCAGGGACGAUGCACCUGUAGAUGAGCCUUGGUAUCAAGCAUACACAGAGGCUUGGUCAAUAAUAAAGAAUGCAGCAGAGGAGAUCAAUGUCAAUAUGUUCAAGCAAAUCCUGUCUGAUUUACAAUGUUACGUGUCAGAUGUUAAUGACACGACUGAGGAGAAUUUUUUGGGGGAAAUUGCAACAGCUAUUUUGUUGACAGGUGUUAAUCUGCCCGAUCAUGAGGUAUUAUUCGGUAAAUUAGCGGCGAAGAUAUCGACUGUGACCGAACACAUCGCUGUUAUUCAGUCGAGAGACUCUGGGAAUAUGAAAAAUUUAACUGAGGAAACUGUUUUUCAGUUGAUCAAUGGCUCCAACGAGAACGGGCGUCCGGAGGUACGAAAAAAUCAAUGCACAUUUCGAGUACUUGAGUCCUGGUACCAAGAGAAACACAAUGAAGCCCCUCCACUAGUGGUUAUCAUACCGGACUUUGAAAGCUUCAAUCCUAUUAUACUCCGGGAUUUCAUCCUGGUAUUGAGCUCCUACUCGAGCUCGAUAAAAUUCAUUCUCAUAUUCGGUGUUGCCACAACCCUCCACGCUGUCCACAGAUCUCUCUCCUACGAUGUUACGUCAAAGUUACGUGUGAAGGUUUUUCACACACAGACUCAAAUGAAGAGUCUGUCAGACGUUCUAGAAGGGACUGUGUUAUCAGGAAAAACAUCGUUCAUGUUGACGGGUAGAGCAUUUCAAUUGCUGACGGAUAUAUUCCUCUUUUACGAUUUCUCAGUCCACGGAUUUCUGCAGGGCUACAAGCUCUGUAUGAUUCAACAUUUUUAUGGUAAUAAUCUAACGACAUUGUGCUGCAAUCCACGAGACAUUGAUGAACGAUUGAAUAAUCUCAACGAGGAAGACAUAAGUGAAUUGAGAAAGCUGCCAUCAGUAGUCAAGUACAUCGAAAAGUCUAAAAGGGAUAAACAGCCACAAAUGCAAGUGGAUGAGUUUAAAAAUAUCAUUGGAAAACUUUUGAGGGAGUUUCAUGACGCUAUGAGGGGAUUUUUUACCAUUCUCAAGUGCCUCCAUUCACUGGCUCACUCUCUUCCUGGUGCACCACUGGGAAAACAACUUCGCGAAAUUUAUGCUAAUGCCGUCACUUGCGAUAUUGCGGAGACACAGGAGUACAAGGAGAGCCUGCAACUACUGGGUUUUCUCUCGAAAAAUGAACUUUUGGGAAAAAUGAGGGACAUUUUGGGGAUUAUUGAGAAGGCUGAAGGUGAGGGUUUAGCCGAGGUUCAUAAGAACCUUGAGAGACACCUGGAAAUUAUUGAGAAUGCAAGUCUGGAGGUGCAGGAGUCAUCUGAGACUGUCAACAUGAGUGAUAAACUCAGCAGGCAACAGUUUAAAGAGAAAUUACUGAAGAUGUCUCAGCAGCAAUCGAGGUCACCCUACAAACAGGCACAGAUCGAUCUGAUGGAGUACCUAGACCAUGACGUAUUCGCCGUGUACUUGGUGAAUCCGAAUCGCCUGGCAACCAGUGAAAUAUUCUGUUUCAGCGAUGCUAAUGCAGCCAAGCAUCAUCUCAGAGGGUCUCUGAGAGCGGCUGUCCACACAGGGCUGAAUGAUCCUCAGAUUUACCUGAAUUGCGGUUGCUGUAAAUUAGAGAACGAGGAGACGAUUCAGCAGACACUACCAGACACAAGUAUUAUUUAUAAGCUGCAUUUGGAGUCGAGGAAACUGAUCAAUAUGUACGACUGGCUGCAGGCUUUUCUUACUAUCGUCAAUCCUAAUGAUGACACUGAGGAGCAGAGGGAGAUUGACCCAAAAAUGCAAGCACGCUUCACUCGAGCAGUUGCAGAGCUUCAGUUUCUUGGAUUCAUCAAGUCAUCGCGUCGAAAGACAGAUCACGUUAAACGUCUCACAUGAUUAUUCAGGAUUAUUACGUUCUCUUGUG